AUGUUUUUAAACAAAUUAGUCGCGCUAAAAACUUGUAGACUUAAUGCAGUGAGCGAUUUACAGAUUGUAGAAUUUUCACCGCGUUAUUACGAAGACGAGGAUCCCGCACAUGGUCCUGUUCAUAAAAGACUAUGGGGUUGCGCCACGUUGGAUAAACUUUUCCCGUGGAUGGAAUAUAUUGUUCGAUUUGGCUGGUGUUCUAAUGGAAAUAGUGUGUGGGUUCAGUUUCUUGAUCGACCGCAAAAACGAAUGGCUAUGAAAGAAGGGAGAGGUGGUGGCGGUGAAGAGGAGGAAGAAGAGGUUGUUGAAGGAGAAGUGAUUGGUGAUAAAUUGUUGUGA